AUGGCAGCCCAGCGACAGGCUUCGUCUGCAUCGCAGACCCCUCUGAUUUCUCCUGCAGAGCUUUCUUACCUCUAUACUUCCCUGGCUCUUCCCAAUGGCCCAAUUCGACCAGAUGGCCGCUCUGCUACACAGUUUCGACCGCUAACGGCGGAGACCGACAUCCUCCCCGGAACCAAUGGCAGCGCCCGUGUUGGGUUUGCCGACGGUACGCAAGCGAUUGUUGGAGUCAAGGCAGAGGUCGAGAAGACUGUCCUCUCAGCAGCUGCCCUGAAUCCAUCACAGGAAGCUAGUAAUGGCUAUACAGACGACGAUGGUAACGAAGGGAAAGAAAGUUCGAGUGGAGGACAUGGGUCUUGGGUGCAGAUGUCCAUUGAGAUACCUGGUUUUCGGGACGACGAUGCUCUACCUGUUUUCCUUUCCGAGAUGAUGCGGGAACCGUUGGUCGAGUCCGUAUCAAACGGACAUAAUGAUGACCUUGAAAUGGCGGGGGGUCUGAAAGGGAGGCUCGUAAUUAAUCGAAGGUGGCAUUGGAGAUUGUAUAUCGAUGUUUUACUUCUCUCUCAACCUCUGUCCUAUCCGCUCCCAUUGCUAUCCCUAACAACUCACCUGGCACUUUUGUCUACGAAGCUCCCUAAACUGAAAUCGCAAGGUGAAGAGGAUCCAUUCUUUGACGACGACUGGAAUGCCGCGGAACAUCUGUAUCCUCGCUCCGGCUCGAAAUUGCCGCAAAAAGUUCGCCCGCCAGUGACGCUCCUUGUAGUCUCUGUUGGCGAGAACAUUAUCUUCGACCCCAACCGGGAAGAGAUCGCUGUUGCAGAUACUGUCAUGGCCAUAUCUGUAACUCGGGACAGUACGUCCGAUGUACUGAAACUGUUGGCUAUACGAACUGUCGAUCCUCCGUCCCGUUUGACGCAGCCUGGUGUGCCGAAUUCGGAGAAUGUGGCCACGGUGGGUUCCACAGCUGCCGCAGAAGAGUCGGCCGUAUUGAACCCAUCCACCGGCGAAGUGGAAACUCUAGGUGUCUGGAAGCCUCGACGGGGGGGUGUGAAGAGGAGUACAAUCGCACGGAUGGUGGAAUUGAUACUCCAAAAGGGAGGAGUUGGCGAGGAGGUCCUUGAGGGCCUUGAAAAUGUCGAAGUUGGAUGA